UGGGACCCCUGAACUGAGUUCAGCCCGCCCGUCCCUGACCUGCUUCCCGGGCUCCCUCCGGAGCGCGGCCCUCCCCGCCCUGUUGUGCUGGCCCUGCAGGGUGGCGGUUGGGUCGGUGAAAUGAGCGCGCGAGUGGCUUGUUCGCUCCCAGGACUUACGCCCCGUUCCCCGCCAGGACCAUCAGCACGUGCCCAUCGACAUCCAGACCAGCAAACUGCUCGUUCAGAGCCAGGGAAGGACCUCUUCAUUCUGACCCCUUCAGGGCCACACACAGCUCCUGGACUGGCUGGUGGACAGAAGGCACUGCAACCUGAAAUGGCAGAGUCUGGUGUUGACCAUCCGAGAGAAGAUCAAUGCCGCCAUCCAGGACAUGCCAGAGAGCCAAGAGAUCGCCCAGCUGCUCUCUGGAUCCUACAUUCACUACUUCCACUGCCUAAGAAUUGUGGAGCUUCUCAAAGGCACUGAAGCCUCCACAAAAAAUAUUUUUGGCCGGUACUCUUCACAGCGAAUGAAGGAUUGGCAGGAGAUUGUAGCCCUAUAUGAGAAGGACAACACCUACCUAGUGGAACUCUCCAGCCUCCUGGUUCGGAACGUCACCUACGAGAUCCCCUCCCUGAAGAAGCAGAUCGCCAAGUGCCAGCAGCUGCAGCAAGAAUACAGCCGCAAGGAGGAGGAGGGCCAGGCAGGGGCUGCCGAGAUGCGGGAGCAGUUCUACCACUCGUGCAAGCAGUAUGGCAUCACGGGGGACAACGUCCAAAGAGAACUGCUGGCCCUGGUGAAGGACCUGCCGAGUCAGUUGGCUGAGAUUGGGGCGGCGGCCCAGUCCCUGGGGGAAGCCAUUGACCUGUACCAGGCCUGUGUGGGGUUUGUGUGUGAAAGCCCCACAGAGCAGGUGCUGCCGAUGCUACGGUUUGUGCAGACACGGGGGAACUCCACGGUGUAUGAGUGGAGGAUGGGCACGGAGCCCUUGGUGGUGGAGCGGCCGCACCUCGAGGAGCCCCCUGAACAGGUGGAAGAAGACGCGAUUGACUGGGGCGACUUUGGGGUGGAGGUGGUGUCUGAAGGAGCUGACUCUGGCAUCUCUGCCCAGGCUGCUGGAAUUGACUGGGGCAUCUCCCUGGAAUCAGACUCAAAGGAAGCUGGGGGUGAUGAGAUAGACUGGGGAGACGAUUCUGCUGCUCUGCAGAUCACCGUGCUGGAAGCCGGAACCCAGGCUCCCAAAGGUGUUGCUAGGGGCCCAGAUGCUCUGACACUUCUUGAAUACCCUGAGACCCGGAAUCAGUUCAUCGAUGAGCUCAUGGAGCUUGAGAUCUUCUUGUCCCAGAGAGCAGUGGAGAUGAGUGAGGAGGCAGACAUCCUGUCCGUGAGCCAGUUCCAGCUGGCUCCAGCCAUCCUGCAGGGCCAGACCAAAGCAAAGAUGGUCACCAUGGUGUCGGCACUGCAGGAUCUGAUUGGCCGGCUCACCAGUCUUCGAAUGCAACACCUGUUUAUGAUCCUGGCCUCACCAAGGUAUGUGGACCGAGUGACUGAGCUCCUCCAGCAGAAGCUGAAGCAGUCCCAGCUGCUGGCUUUGAAGAAAGAGCUGAUGCUGCAGAAGCAGCAGGAAGCCCUUCGGGAGCAGGCGGCUCUGGAGCCCAAGCUGGACCUGCUUCUGGAGAAGACCAAGGAGCUGCAGAAGCUGAUUGAAGCUGACAUUUCCAAAAGGUACAAUGGGCGCCCCGUGAACCUGAUGGGAACCUCUCUGUGACACGCUCCACGUUCUUCCUGCCUGUCUUCUCAGCCUUCAGGAUGGAGGAGGGGCAGCCAGGGGCCCUUCCCAGCAAGAGACCUGGCUGACUGGAGGACAGAAAGCCCCAAAAUGGAGCCAUCACCCAGAUGGUUACCUUGGCACUCACUGUACUCUGCAAGAAGCUGGCUUCCCUUGGUCCUGUGACCCGUCAGCCUCAAACCACAGCUUCUGCUCUUUCUCAUUAUCUAGUUGGACUUAAUAAAAGAGGAAGGGACUCUUGUUUCA